AUGUUAAGGACGUUUACAAGGUCGCUGCUCGUGAGGAACCGGAGACCAGGCCUGGUGGCUAACAGGUGGUACGCCACGGCGAAAGUAGCCUUUGAUGUGCCACUGGAAACGCACACGGAUGUGCAAAAGGCACAUGAGGACCUUGCAGAAGCCAGAACGGACUCUGCAGAAGUCGUAGAAUCUGGCUCAACUGCACUCAAACAUGCGUAUCAAGAAAACACCGGGUUUGGGACAAGACCAAUAUAUCUCGACAUGCAGGCGACGACCCCUACGGAUCCACGAGUCUUGGAUACGAUGCUCAAGUUUUACACAGGUCUGUAUGGUAACCCACACUCAAACACACACAGCUACGGAUGGGAAACCAACCAGGAGGUAGAGACGGCUAGAAAACACAUAGCGGACAUGAUUAACGCAGACGUGAAAGAAAUCAUCUUCACGUCCGGAGCGACGGAGUCGAAUAAUACCGCUUUGAAAGGUGUUGCAAGAUUCUACAGCAAGACCAAAAAACACAUUAUCACAACCAGAACGGAACAUAAGUGUGUCUUGGAGGCCGCUAGAGCUAUGAAGAAUGAGGGAUACGAUGUCACGUUUUUGAACGUUAACGAAGACGGGCUCAUCGAUCUACAGGAACUAGAAUCGGCAAUCAGGCCGGACACUUGUCUUGUGUCGGUAAUGGCUGUGAACAACGAAAUCGGUGUCAUGCAGCCUAUCGCAGAAAUCGGUGCUUUGUGUCGGAAAAAGAAAGUGUUUUUCCAUACAGAUGCAGCUCAAGCGUACGGGAAAAUACCGCUAGACGUGAACAAGAUGAACAUCGAUUUGAUGUCGAUAUCCUCACAUAAGAUCUAUGGGCCCAAGGGUAUGGGUGCCAUCUUUGUGAGAAGGCGUCCCCGUGUUAGACUGGAGCCUAUAAUCUCGGGCGGUGGGCAAGAAAGAGGGUUGAGAUCGGGAACUUUGGCACCCUCCUUGGUGGCCGGAUUUGGUGAGGCCGCCAGACUUAUGAAACAAGAGUUCGAUGCCGACUCUGCUCAUGUCAAAAGGCUAUCCGAAAAGCUAACGAACGGUUUGCUAGCAAUUGAACACACGUCCUUGAACGGAUCUCCCGAUCAUCGUUAUCCUGGUUGCGUCAACGUAUCUUUUGCAUAUGUUGAAGGCGAAUCUCUGUUGAUGGCUCUCAGAGACAUCGCUUUAAGUUCAGGCUCUGCUUGUACGUCUGCUUCUUUGGAGCCAUCAUAUGUCCUUCAUGCACUAGGAAAAGACGAUGCUUUGGCUCAUUCUUCGAUCAGAUUUGGCAUCGGUAGAUUCACUACCGAUGAGGAGGUGGAAUACGUGAUCAAGGCUAUUACAGAAAGGGUAGAAUUCCUCAGAGACCUAUCACCUCUGUGGGAGAUGGUCAAAGAAGGUAUCGACCUCAAUUCCAUCGAGUGGUCGGGCCACUAG